AUGCGAUCUCAAUGGCUUCUGUUUGCAGUGACGGCAUUUGCUUUGACCAGAACGGAUGCAGUCGAUCGCAGUAAGUUUCGUACGUGUGAGAAGACCCAGUUCUGUCACAAGUAUCGUAACGUGCACUCAACUCCCAAGUUUCAAGUCGUACGUAGCAGUAUCAGAUCCGACUCAGAUACCAAUUUGGUCCGAUUCCUAGUUGAGGAUACGACUCAAUUAGGUGGGGUCGAUUUAGAAGGAUCACUAGCUUUCGUACUUAAUAAGGACAAGACGACUGUGCCAGUGCUACGAGUGCGUCUACAGGAAAAGUUUGAAGACCCAAAGGACCCGAAGACCAGGUGGACGAGCGAGGAUAUUCUCGUAUCUGCGGCAGACGAGACGCAAUCGUUGCGUCAAUUGACGGCGGCAGAGGCGGGUUUAACUGCCUUAAGUAACGAGAAUGACGUCCUGUUUUUUGCUCCUGAGGGACAAAAGAAAGGUACAAACCCUCAUAUAGUGGCUGCCUUGAAGUUAGGCAAAGGGUUAUUUGGUGUGGACUUGUACCUAAACGGGGUAAAGGUCGUAUCUACCAAUGACGAUGGAAAGUUUCACUAUGAGAUCCGUCAGGACCAAUCAGCUGCUGAGGCACAGGCUGAAGCGGCUGAUCAAGCGGCAGUGGACGCACACAAUGGCAAGACCAUUGUCGACUAUGGAGAGGACGGUCUCGCUAUCUAUGAUGACGGUACUGUGCAGAAGAAGGAGGAAGAGUCGACCACGAUCACUGCCACUGUAGAUGCUGAAGGCAAAGUGGAAGGCUGGGAAGAGUCUUUUGAUGGACAUACGGACAAGAAGAAAUAUGGUCCAAGUUCGAUCGGACUUGAUGUGUCGUUCCAUGGCUCGGCAGAAGCACCACGCUCGUUGUAUGGCAUUCCAGAGCAUGCAACAGAUUUCGUUCUCAAGGAUACGCUUGAACUGAGUGAAGAUGAUGAAGAAAGGAAAGUAGUGACUGACCCGUACCGGCUGUACAAUUUGGACGUGUUUGAGUACGAGCUGGAUAACCCCAUGGCGCUAUAUGGCGCGAUCCCCGUGCUCGUUGCUGCAAACAAGGAAAAUACGGUUGGUAUGUUCUGGAACAAUCCAAGCGAAACCUUUGUGGACAUUUGGACCAACGAAAAUACAAACAGCAAGUCGAGCCACUGGCUGAGUGAGUCGGGUGUCUUUGAUCUGUUCUUAAUGGCAGGACCUAGCAGUGCGGAUGUGUUUUCGCAGUAUACGCUCCUGACGGGUCGAGCACAGCUGCCGCCUCUAUUUUCUUUGGGAUACCACCAGUGCCGCUGGAACUACAAGAACGAAGCGGACAUGGCCCGUGUGGACGCUGGUUUUGACGAGCACCUGAUCCCUUACGACGUGUUGUGGCUAGAUAUCGAGCAUACCGACGGCAAGCGUUAUUUUACAUGGGACGAGCACGCCUUCCCUACGCCAAAGGACAUGCAAGAGGCCGUGGCGCGGACUGGUCGCAAAGUGGUGACUAUUGUUGAUCCACAUAUCAAGGUCAGUCAGUCCCAGGACAAGCAACCAUACUACAUUCACACAGAAGCUGAGGAACUCGGGCUGUUCAUUAAGGACGAGCAGGGUAAUGACUUCAAGGGUUGGUGCUGGCCAGGCGAGUCCUCUUACGUUGACUUUACAUCGCCAAAAGCGCGUGCAUGGUGGCGUCACCAGUUUCGCUAUGAGAACUACCAAGGCAGUACCAAGCACCUGUACACAUGGAACGACAUGAAUGAGCCAUCGGUCUUUAACGGCCCGGAAGUGUCCAUGCGCAAGGGUUGCAUGAGCAUUGCGGGAGUCGAGCACCGCGAAUGGCACAACUUGUACGGUACCCUGUUUCAGCGGUCAAGUAUGGAGGGCCUGCUUGUUCGACAGCAGCCUCCUCCGGAGCCGCUAUCAGCGUUUGCUGAGGAGCUGCAGCUGACAUCGGAUAUGGAACGUCCAUUUGUGCUCUCUCGUGCGUUCUCCGCCGGCUCCCAGCGCUACGGUGCAGUCUGGACAGGUGACAACAUGGCGGAGUGGGGCCACCUUCGUUACGCCACCAAGAUGUUGCUUUCUCUGUCAGUAUCCGGACUUACCUUUGUGGGUGCCGAUGUUGGCGGAUUUUUCGGCAAUCCGUCCACUGAGCUGCUCUCGCGAUGGAACCAGGCUGCUGCUUACCAGCCAUUCUUCCGUGGUCAUGCACACCACGAUUCCGCUCGCCGUGAGCCUUGGGUGUUUGGUGAACCGACGACGUCACGUAUCCGCGCUGCUAUUCGUGAACGCUAUUCGCUGCUACCAUACAUCUACACACUGUUCCACGCGUGUUAUGCUCGUGGAAUGCCUGUCAUGCGGCCGCUUUGGGUGCACUUUACACAGGAACCUCAGAGCUUUAGUGAAGAGGACCAAUUUCUCUUGGGUGACGCUCUGCUCGUGAAACCGAUUGUGGAAGAGGGCGUCGUGGCUACACAUGUGUUUCUACCGUCAGAAAAUGCUGAAGACAAGACAGUGUGGUACCAGGUGACCGACGGGUACAAGCGUUUCUUCGGUGGAAAGACAUACGAGAAUGUCCCUGCGCCGUUGGACGCCAUUCCGGUGUUUCAACGUGGUGGCACCAUCUUGCCACGCAAGCAGCGUGUGCGUCGCAGCUCGGAGCUCAUGCGCGACGACCCGCUUACUCUAGUGGUGGCGCUGGACCAGCACUUUGAGGCUCGCGGCGAGCUUUAUGUGGACGAUGAGCGCUCGCUGGCCGCUGAGCUCGAAAAUGAGGGAACACUGGUAUCGUUUCAUCAGACGAAGGAAGGGUUGCGUUCGACGGCGGCGGCUGCUACCUUACAAGGCAAGCGCUACACCUCGCUCAUGUGGGUGGAGCGAAUCGAGGUGUAUGGAUUUCAGUCCCAGGCUAACCUGCCCAAGCAGGUGCUUGUGGGCGGUGAGCGUGCUCUUGACUUCCAGUACGACGCUACCAGCGACCGUCUUGUGCUGCGCAAGCCGCAGAUGCUGGUCACGGACGACUGGGAGCUCCGCUUCGUGUACGAUCAAGCGCUCGAGUAA